AUGAAGUACAACCAAACAACAGUCAGUGAGUUUAUCCUUCUGGGCUUCACCGACAUUCGGAAACUGCAGCUCCUGUUGUUCACCGUCCUUCUCCUUUCCUACCUUUUGGCCAUCCUAGGCAAUGCUGUGAUCAUCACUGUCGCUCAAAUAGAUCACCGGCUACACACUCCUAUGUAUUUCUUCCUCCAGAAUUUCUCUUUCUUGGAAAUUGGCUUCACCACGGCAAUCAUUCCCCAAACCUUGGUCCAUCUUUCAACCGGCAAUAAAAACAUCACUUACAUUGGUUGCAUGAUACAGUCCUUCUUAUAUUUCCACCUGGGAACCACCGAGUUCUUCCUCUUAGCUGUCAUGUCCUACGAUCGAUAUGUAGCCAUCUGCAAUCCCUUGCGAUAUCCAGCCAUCAUGAACCAUUACUUAUGCAUCAUGCUGGUUGUGUUUUGUUGGGUUGGCAGUUUUCUCCUGAUCAUUGGUCCAUCAGUGCUUUUCCUACAGUUUCCAAUAUGCAAGUCCAACGUCCUUGACCACUUCUUCUGUGACAAUACACCGUUGAUCAAACUCGUUUGUGGGAACACAUCGCUUUUGGAAUUCAUUGGUUUCAUCACUGCUGUGCUUUCCGUGCUGGGAAGCUUGGCGAUGACAGUAAUGUCAUACGUCAAUAUAAUCCGAACCAUCUUACGUUUCCCCACUGCCACAGGGAGACAGAAGGCUUUUUCCACUUGUGCCUCUCACUUCAUUGUGGUGUCCAUCACCUAUGGGAGCUGCAUCUUCCUGUAUAUCAAACCGACACAGAGUAGCAAAGUGGAGUUUGGCAAAAUGGUGGCCGUCCUCAAUACUGUUGUGUCCCCUUUGCUCAACCCUUUCAUCUACAGCUUGAGGAACAAACAGGUUCAGGAGGCCUUGAGAAAUUUGUUUGGGCAACUCAAAAACCAUUGCUAA